ACUCCUGUUUCUCAUGUGUCUGAUUGCAAGCCAGGAUCCAGGGAUAAGAAAAGAAAGCAGCAGCCUUAUUUUUCAACCCAAGUGGCCAUAUUAUGACAAUAAUCCUCCAGCAUGACAGUAUCAGUAUGUGGACCAAAUGUAAAACAAAAAAUACAAACGAGCAAGACAGACAUAUUGGAGGGGUGAUUUGGUCAUUAACUAUUUUGGCUCGUGUUUAAUAUGAUAUGGGAGCAUCCUCUCCAAACACCAAGAUAUAUUCAGUAUUCAAUAAUAAUAAAGAUAAGACACAGACUUUCUCUUUCACUCAUUCUUUUUUCUUCAUCAGAAGUCAAAAUAACAUAACAUUAUUUAUGUUCUGCGUGUUUUUGCUACUUCCUUUAAAACAAGUACAUAUUCAACAAGGAAAGCCUUGCAGCAAUGUCUGCACUACACUUCUCAACAACCUGCAUGCGUUCCAACUCACCUUUACACCCCCAUUCCAAAUCAAGCUUCACAGGCUUCAGUCAAAGAAACCAUAUUUGGCAGUUGUUUCUCAGCACAAAGUCAAAUUCCAGAAAAGCAAUAACAAAGCUCUGUUUGAAGAAUGUUGCCAGUGACAAAAUGGAGGAACUGAAAGAACCACUCACUGAACAAGGCACUUCAAAUGAAUUUUUACCAGACUCUGUAUCUGUAGCUUCAAGCAUCAAAUAUCAUUAUGAGUUCACCACAUCUUUUUCUCCUGCGAAGUUUGAGCCCAGUAAGGCUUUCUUUGCAACUGCAGAGAGUGUCCGUGAUUCCCUCAUCAUAAACUGGAAUGCAACAUAUGAAUUUUAUGAGAGGAUUAAUGUUAAGCAAGCUUAUUAUAUGUCUAUGGAGUAUCUACAGGGUAGGGCAUUGUUAAAUGCAAUUGGGAAUUUACGACUCUCAGGUCCUUAUGCUGAGGCUCUCAUAAAUCUGGGUUACAAUUUAGAGGAUGUGGCUAAUCAGGAGCCAGAUGCAGCCCUUGGGAAUGGAGGAUUAGGUCGGCUUGCUUCUUGCUUUUUAGACUCUUUGGCAACGCUGAAUUACCCUGCAUGGGGAUAUGGACUUAGAUACAAGUAUGGUUUAUUUAAACAGCGUAUAACAAAAGACGGUCAAGAGGAAGUUGCUGAAAACUGGCUUGAGAUGGGAAAUCCCUGGGAAGUUCAGAGAAACGAUGUCACUUAUCCAGUUAAAUUCUAUGGAAAAGUUAUUUCAGGACCAAAUGGAAGUAAACAGUGGACUGGAGGAGAAAAUAUAUUGGCUGUUGCUUAUGAUGUUCCAAUACCUGGAUACAAAACUAGAACCACCAUAAACUUGCGAUUGUGGUCUACUAAAGUUUCAACUGAAGAAUUUGAUUUGCAUGCUUUCAAUACUGGGGAUCAUGCCAAAGCAUACGCCGCCAUGAAGAAUGCAGAGAAGAUCUGUUACAUUCUAUACCCUGGGGAUGAAUCAAUAGAGGGAAAGACUCUAAGACUAAAGCAACAAUAUACAUUAUGCUCAGCCUCUCUGCAGGAUAUUAUUGCGCGCUUUGAAAAGAGAUCAGGAAAGACAGUUAAUUGGGACACCCUCCCAGAUAAAGUGGUGGUGCAAAUGAAUGAUACUCACCCAACACUCUGCAUUCCUGAGCUGAUUAGGAUAUUAACAGAUGUGAAGGGUUUAAGCUGGGAGAAAGCUUGGGAUAUUACUAAAAGAGCGGUUGCUUACACAAACCACACAGUUCUACCAGAGGCACUAGAGAAGUGGAGUUUAGCGCUUCUGCAGGAUUUGCUUCCUCGACACGUCGAAAUUAUCAGAAAGAUCGAUGAGGAGUUUAUACAUGAAAUUAUUUCUGAGUAUGGAACAGAUGAUCUUAACUUGCUGCAAGAAAAGCUUAGAAAGAUGAGAAUACUAGAAAAUUUCGAGUUGCCUGAUUCAGUGGUUGAGCUGCUUAAUAAUACUAGAAAAGCUGUUGAUCCUGUUGAGGACAUUGAUGUUAAUGAUAAUGAUAAUGAUAUAAAGGCAUCAGACAAGAAAGAUGAUGAAGAAGAAGAAGAUGAUGAAAAAGAAGUGACGGAAGAGGAACAAGACGGCGAUGAUGGUAAAGAUGCUGUUGUAGAGAACAAAAUAGAAAAGACAUUCGAAGUUGAUCCAAAACUGCCAAUGAUGGUUCGCAUGGCUAACCUAUGUGUUGUUGGUGGAUUUUCUGUGAAUGGAGUGGCUGAGAUUCACAGUGAGAUUGUAAAAGAGGAAGUUUUUAAUGAAUUUUACAAGUUUUGGCCUAAGAAGUUCAGCAAUAAAACAAAUGGAGUGACACCUAGAAGAUGGAUUCGUUUCUGUAAUCCCGAUCUGAGUAAAAUCAUAACCAAAUGGAUUGGAACAGAAGACUGGGUAACAGAUCUUGAGAAAUUGGCUAUACUUCGCAAGUUUGCAGAUAAUGAUGAUCUACAAUUAGAGUGGAUGGAAGCAAAAAGAAGAAACAAGAUUAAGGUUGCAUCAUUUAUCAAAGAGAAAACCGGCUAUGUUGUCAGUCCAAAUGCAAUGUUUGAUGUACAGGUGAAACGUAUCCAUGAAUACAAGCGGCAGUUACUGAAUAUCAUGGGAAUUGUUUAUCGCUACAAACAAAUCAAACAAUUGAGUGCUGAGGAAAGAAAACAAAUGUUUGUUCCUCGGGUUUGUAUUUUUGGUGGGAAAGCAUUUGCGACAUAUGUUCAAGCCAAGAGGAUUGUAAAGUUCAUCACAGAUGUAGGAGCUACAGUUAAUCAUGAUCCAGAGAUUGGAGAUCUUUUGAAGGUUGUAUUUGUUCCUGAUUACAAUGUCAGUGUUGCUAAAAUGCUAAUUCCUGGAAGUGAGUUGUCCCAGCACAUCAGCACAGCUGGUAUGGAGGCCAGUGGAACAAGCAACAUGAAAUUUGCAAUGAAUGGAUGUGUACAAAUUGGAACUCUUGAUGGGGCUAACGUUGAAAUAAGAGAAGAAGUUGGAGAAGAAAACUUCUUUCUUUUUGGUGCACGGGCUCAAGAAAUUGCAGGGCUAAGGAAAGAAAGAGCAGAGGGAAAGUUUGUACCAGACCCAUGGUUUGAAGAAGUGAAGGCAUAUGUUAGAAGUGGUGUUUUUGGCACCUACAACUAUGACGAGUUGAUGGGAUCUUUAGAAGGGAAUGAAGGCUAUGGUCGUGCUGAUUAUUUCCUUGUUGGCAAGGACUUCCCUAGCUACUUGAAGUGUCAAGAAGAAGUUGAUAAGGCAUAUCGUGAUAAAAAAAAAUGGACAAGAAUGUCAAUCUUGAACACUGCCGGUUCGUAUAAAUUCAGCAGUGACAGGACUAUUCAUGAAUAUGCUAGAGAUAUAUGGAGAAUUGAGCCAGUUGUAUUAUCUUGAAAAGUUAUAAAUGCUUUGGUAUAAGGAAUAUUCAACUUGUUCCGUAUUAUCUUGAAAAGUUAUACAUGCUUUGGUAUAAGGAAUAUUCAACUUGUUCCUUCUCUCAGAAUGAAGUUCCCAAAGGCUUGAAAACUGUGGGCGGAUACAGUUCUCUUGAAUCACCAAGGCAGUUUGAAAAAAUAUAUUUGAACAUAUGUUGCUCCAGAAAGGGCUUAUGUUAUGUUCACAGAAUUAUUUUCUACGUUAAAGAAAGUAAUAAUUUCUUCAUAGAAUUGUUAAGUCAAAAGUUAUAAACAUUGAGGCAGGCACAGUUGAAUAUGGAAGGUGGCUAUAAAAUACAAAUACGCAAAGGAAAUUAACAUUA